AUGGAAAUUACGGCCACGAUGAACACCGGAGCCACAGCGAGCUUUAUUAGCAAAGAGUUCGCGGACAGGUUGCGGACAGUGGGAGAGGUCGUAUCCACGAGAAGAGAAGUGCGGAUGGCUGAUGGACGGUAUGAAGAGGUCACAUCGCUGAUCGAAGUGGACGUAGGACUGGGAGAGGGGACCGUAAGAAUGCAACUGCUAAUCCUCCAUAACAUCAUCGACGCCCUAGUAGUGGGAUGGGAUUUCCUAACAAAAGUUGGAGCCAGGAUAGAGUGCGCGGGUCUAAGCACAGCGAUACCAGCGGGACAGGUGUUUCGUGGACGCGAGAAGGUGCCAGUGGCAAUCUGGAAAGUAAUGCCUUUCGGACUGCACUCCGCAUCGGCAACGUUCCAGCGGGCGUUGGACCAGGUGAUAGGACCCCAGAUAAUGCCACACGCAUUUGCGUACCAGGACGACAUAAUCGUGAUCCGACGGACACUACAAGAACACAAGCGCAACUUAAAAGAGGUUUUCCGGAGGCUAAGGGCGGCAAAUCUAAAUAUUAACGCAGAUAAGUGCAAGUUCUUUCGAAAGGAGCUACAAUACCUGGGCCACCGAGUGACGGAUCAGGGCAUAGAAACGGAUCCGGAGAAAGGAGCGGCAAUAGCUCAGCUUAAGCCCCAGGGAAACGUAAAGGAGUUGCGACAGUACCUAGGAGCGGCGUCGUGUUAA